UAUUGCAACGUGGAAUGACAAGCGAAUUCUUAUUACACUCUCCGGCCGAACUAUUUUACCCAUCUCCGUCCACUCCUAGUCUACCAGAAAAUCCAUAACCUUAAACACAAACAACCCCAAUUAUCUUAACCUAUAAAUACAUAUCUGUAUAUAUUGUUGCAUUCAUGAUCUUAAGUGAUCAAUAAAGAAGAGCAAGAUGAUGGGUUUAAACGUUUGGAGAGUCUCAUCCAUUGAUUUUAUAGCUUGGAGAGGAUUAGUAUACACUGUAUACAUACUGCAUUUUGUGUGUAUUUGUCAAUUCCUUUUUCUCCACCCAUUGGUCUCUGCCCAAGAUGGCAAACCUGGUGAUGUUGCUGAGUUGUUUGAGAGAGUUUCGCGGAGUGUCAAGGUGAAACGUUAUAGCGAGGCAAUUAAUGAUUUAAAUGCUGCUAUUGAGGCAGACCCAACUCUUUCUGAAGCAUACAGGCAUAAAGCCUCCAUUCUUCGCCAGUUGUGCAGAUAUGAGGAAUCAGAAAAUAGUUACAAAAAGUUUCUGGAGAUGAAACCGGGAAAUUCUGCGGUGGAGAAGGAGCUCUCUCAGUUGCACCAGUCGCGUGAUGCUCUGAAUACUGCUCUCAGUCUUGUUAAUUCAGGUGAUUUUUCAAAGUCAUUGGAAUAUGUGGACAAGGUUGUACUUGUUUUUUCUCCGGCAUGCUCAGAGGCCAAAAUUCUGAAAGUGAAGCUAUUGUUGUUGGUUAAUGAUUAUUCGAGUGCUAUCUCUGAGACGGGAUUUAUCCUUAAAGAAGAUGAGAAUAAUUUGGAGGCACUACUUAUUCGUGGUCGUGCUUACUAUUAUUUGGCGGAUCAUGAUGUUGCUAUAAGGCAUUACCAAAAAGGUCUCCGACUAGACCCAGAGCAUAGUGAAUUGAAGAAAGCAUAUUUUGGACUGAAAAACUUAUUGAAGAAGACUAAAAGUGCAGAAGACAAUGAAUCUAGGGGAAAGUUACGGCUUGCGGUGGAGGAUUACAGAGCAGCCCUUGCUCUGGACCCUAAUCAUACUGCUUAUAAUGUAAAUUUGCAUCUUGGUUUGUGCAAAGUAUUGGUUAAGCUUGGUAGAGGAAAGGAUGCUGUGAGCAGUUGUACAGAAGCGCUUAACAUUGACGGCGAGCUUCUGGAAGCUUUAGUGCAGAGGGGUGAGGCCAAACUUUUGGUUGAAGAUUUUGAAGGAGCAGUCGCCGAUAUGAGAGUAGCUGCUGAGAAAUCUCCUCAGGAUAUGAAAAUACGUCAGACACUGAUGAAGGCUGAAAAAGCUUUAAAGAUGAGCCAACGGAAGGACUGGUACAAGAUUUUGGGGAUUUCUAAAACUUCAUCUAUAUCAGAGAUUAAGAAGGCCUAUAAGAGGCUUGCAUUGCAAUGGCAUCCAGAUAAGAAUGUUGACAAUAGAGAAGAAGCUGAAGCAAAAUUCCGAGACAUAGCUGCGGCUUAUGAGGUACUUGGGGAUGAAGAAAAACGCACGCGAUAUGACCAAGGGGAAGAUGUAGAAGAAAUGGGAAUGGGCGGCGGUGGUGGCGGAUUUAAUCCUUUUGGUGGAGGGGGUCAACAAUUCACCUUCCAUUUCGAAGGAGGGUUUCCUGGUGGAGGUGGAGGAUUCCACUUUUGAAAAAGUGGAUGUGAAGUAUUUGAUACUCGAAUUAUGGCUACACAUAGUUGGAAGCAGAUCUAUCUUUUUUAGCAUCUAAUUUUUUUCUCUAACUGCUGGCGACGGGCACUUUGUAAAACAUGUCAGGCAAUUUUUUUCUUUCAUAUUAGUCAGAGUCUCCUAGAGGAUAGACAUUUGAGGAAGUUAUACUUAGUGUUAUGAAAGCUGUAUGGAUUGAUUUUGUGCAAGAGCUCUCUCUUUAUUACUUCAACUAGUAAUUUUUGCCCGCUA